ACAGACGCCCAUCUCUAGAAGCUGCUGCCAACUGCUUAAGCCACUCAGAUGCAACUCUCACUCCUAGGCAACUCAAGGCACCCUAGGGCACAUGGGCGCUCUUCUCGGCGUUUCCACUCGGCGACCAGCGGCCACGCCAGUGCCACUCCCUGGCGGUGGCAGCGAUGUUGGAAAGCGACAACUCUGGGGCUGGCCGGUUCUGUUCUGUGCGGCAACAGCUCAGCAGCGAAACAUCCAACGGACACAAUUACACAUCCCAACUCCGGAGACGAGGAGCACUUGCUGCCCAAGCAGCGAUCGGCGUCCUCGCCCGUCGUGUCCGCUCGGAAGCCGUCCCGCCGUAAAAACCGUUCCCGCCAGACACACGUGCUGCUUCCCGCGGCGAGGCACCGCCACGCUGAACGCCGGAGCCUCCUUGCCACGGUCACCCAGUGAGACUCACACCGAGUCCCGGCGCCCAGGCACCGCCACGCUGCGGAGUCCGCUUCGGCCGGGAGGAGCGGGGGCAGUUUGACUUGCAAAUCCAGAGGGCGCCGCCUCCGCCCGACAACUCGCUCCGAUCCUGACACCUGCUCGGACCUUCGACGCCCUACGAUCCCCGGCGCGGGUCCGGCCGGGCGCGCCUCGGCGGCACGGAACUCACUUCGUGGGAGCAGUCUCAGGAUAAUCCGAGUUGUUACUGGUGAGCAGUGACUGGCCGCAGCAGUGUUUUGAGGCCUGGCUGUUUACCUGGACCAGGUGAUUGCGUCGGCCAGGCUUUCUGUUGUACUGAGGACGUCUGGAAAGUGUGCAAGCUUUCGGUGUUGGGGCAGGUUUCUUAUUCUGUCCCAGUCCUUCCCCGAGGAUGGAGCAUGGUAUAAGAUCUGCGUCGUCAUUAGCAUUGCAGUGUGAUUGAAGCUGGACGGCUUGAAAAAGAAUUCUCAAGGUAUGGAUGACAAAGGUGACCCCAGCAAUGGCGAAGCGCCCAAGGUCAUCAAACCCACCAGUAAAGAGUUCAGGAAAACAUGGGGCUUCCGAAGAACCACCAUUGCCAAGCGAGAGGGCGCUGGGGACGCGGAGCUGGACUGUGUGGAGCGGCCCCCCCAGCAGCAGCAGAGCCCAUCUUUGCGGCGCAGUGGGAGGCAGCCCAAGCGGACCGAGCGCGUGGAGGAGUUCCUCACGCGAGUCCGGCGCCGGGGCCGGAGGAGCGCGCCUGCCUCCCUGGAGGACCCCAGUGAGCCAGCCUCGUGCCCAGCUACCGAUGCUGAGACCGCCUCUGAAGGGAGCGUGGAGAGUGCCUCUGAGAUGAAAAGUGGGCCCAAGGCCGGCUCCGCAGCUGGUAAGGAACGGCCGGCCUCAUCUGCCAAGGCCACGGGGGAUGAUGACGAGGACGACACUUCCGAUAGUGACAGCGAUGGCUUGACUCUGAAGGAGCUUCAGAACCGCCUGCGAAGAAAGCGAGAGCAAGAGCCAGCUGAUCGGCCGCUGAAAGGCGCCCAAAACCGCCUGCGGAAGAAGCGACGGGAGGAAGACCCUGCGGAAGCGUUGGGCGCGGAGGUGGGCAACACUGUGGAGAGCUCAGCACCCAGCAGGCAGGAGCCCGCGGCCGCCCAGGCAGCAAAAGACGACCGGGAGAGUAAGUCAGAAGGGCCUGCUCGGGCCGAGGGAGCCCAAGACGAAGACCCCGGAGGCUCGGUCAGACAUAAGCCCGAGUGUGAGGUUUACGACCCCAACGCUCUGUACUGCAUAUGUCGCCAGCCGCAUAACAACAGGUUUAUGAUUUGCUGUGACCGGUGCGAAGAGUGGUUUCAUGGCGAUUGUGUGGGCAUUUCUGAGGCUCGAGGGCGACUCCUGGAAAGGAAUGGGGAGGAUUAUAUCUGCCCCAACUGCACCAUUCUUCAGGUGCAGGACGACCCUAACUCAGAAAGCGCAGACCCGCAGGAAGCGAGACUCCGACCUGCGGACACCGAUGACACAGACUGUACGAGUAUAGGGAUCGUGGAGCAGAAGAGCAUCGAGGACCAGGGCAUAAAGGGCAGGAUCGAGAAGGCUGCCAACCCAAGUGGCAAGAAGAAGCUCAAGAUAUUCCAGCCUGUCACAGAGGCUCCGGGUGCCGCCAAGUGUAUAGGCCCCGGGUGCUCGAGCGUGGCGCAGCCCGACUCUGUCUACUGCAGCAACGACUGCAUUCUCAAACACGCGGCCGCCACGAUGAAGUUUCUGAGUUCAGGGAAAGAAGUGAAACCGAAACCGAAAGAAAAGACCAAGCCGAAGCCAGAAAAGCUCAUUCUUCCAAAAUGCAGCGUUCAGGCAGGCAUCAGAAUCUCCUCCAUACACAAGAAACCAGUUCCAGACAAGAAGGAGAACACCGUGAAGAAGGCGCUGGCGGCCCCUGCUAGGAACGAGGUCGUUAUUAAGGAAACGACUUGUGAGAGCAGCACGCCGUCCUGGGCAAGCGACCACAAUUACAAUGCAGUGAAGCCAGAACACACUGCUGCCCUCUGGCCGGCACUGUUGUAUAAAUCCGUGAAGGAGGACAGACAAGUGGAGGAGAGCCCGGCAACAGCGUCUGUGGUGCCCAAGAGAGCGGCCCCUCCGGGCUCCUCGGUGGGCGGCAAGCAGCCUCCGCCCAGAAGUCUCCUUCCAAAGAAGGCUCCUUUUGUAAAUGUGGCAGCGGCCAAACCGGUCAUCAGAAAGGUGCCCUCGGGCUUCAAGGGCGCCAUCCCCAAAAGACCAUGGCUUUCGGCCUCCGCCUCGGGCAGUGCUCCGGCCGCCAAGCAGGCAGGGCUGGUGCCUGGCACCACCACACCUGCUUCCAAAAAGUUACCCAGCUCUGCCGCCUUGGUAGGAGCCACCAGGAAGCCCAUGGCAACCUCUGCGCCCUUGGCCUCUCCAGCCCCGGGACGCCUGAGUACCCCGAGCACGACCCCAUCACAGCCAAAUUCACAGAUUCGGCAAAAUAUACGACGCUCCUUGAAGGAGAUUUUGUGGAAAAGAGUCAGUGACAGCGAUGACCUGAUCAUGACGGAGAAUGAUGUCGGGAAGAUAGCCCUCCGGAUUGAGAAGGAAAUGUUCGGCUUGUACCAUGUCACGGACAAUCGCUACAAGAGUAAAUACCGCAGCCUAAUGUUCAACCUCAAGGACCCCAAAAACCAGGGACUGUUCCAUCGUGUUCUGCGUGAAGAAAUCUCUUUGGCAAAACUUGUGAGAAUGAAGCCAGAAGAACUUGUAUCUAAAGAGCUUUCCGUGUGGAAAGAGCGGCCGACGAAACCUGUGAUGGAGUCCAGAGCUAGACUGCACAAUGAAAGUAAAAGGACUGCCGCGAAGCAGGAAGCCAUCCCCGAUAUGGAAGAUUCUCCACCCGUGUCAGACUCGGACGAGCAGGAGUCGGUGCGAGCUGUCCCCGAGAGCAGUGCCGCGCCCCUCCUGGACGUCUUCAGCAGCAUGCUGAAGGACACGACCAGCCAGCACCGGGCGCACCUCUUUGACCUGAACUGUAAAGUCUGUACAGGUCAAGUUCCAUUGUCAGAAGAUGAACCAGCUCCAAAAAGACAGAAAGUGUCUGCUUCUGCUAAGAAGGAAGAGUCAAAACCCAAGCAUGACAGCUCUUCCUCUGAGCCAGUUCUCAGCUCAGCUGAUGAAGUGAUGCCAGCUCUGCCCGAGAAUGCCUCUGAGCCAGACCCAGAAAGCGAUUCUCGGGCACACUCGGAGAGGAAGGGCUUCUCUGGGCCUCCAGGGGACAGCCACCCCGAGCCCUCUGCCCUGGAAGGGUCCUCCUUUCCGGCCUCCUGUGGGGGCAUGGUUCUCACCACAGUUACCAUGUCUGGCCGAGACCCCAGAACCGCACAGAGCGGGUCCAGCAUAGUCCCGACCCCUGGAGCAGCCCACCCAGACAGUGCCCACCCGGCAGAACCACGACCGGAUGUCCUGAAGCCUGCUGUGGCCUCUGUGCUGGUGCCCAAGUCUAUCCUGGCUAAGCCAUCCUCAUCCCCUGAGCCCAGAUACGUCCUGUCGGCUCCACCGUCACCGAGCAUCAGCAUCACAGAGUCGCGGUCCCCUCCAGAAGGAGAUACAGCCUUCUUUUUGUCUCGACUCAGCACCAUUUGGAAAGGAUUUAUUAACAUGCAAAGCGUAGCAAAGUUUGUCACUAAGGCAUAUCCUGUCUCUGGAUGUUUUGAUUAUCUCAGUGAGGACCUGCCCGACACGAUUCACAUUGGUGGAAGGAUCGCACCGAGGACGGUUUGGGAUUAUGUCGGCAAACUCAAAUCUUCUGUGUCUAAGGAGCUGUGUCUGAUCCGCUUUCACCCUGCGACGGAGGAGGAGGAAGUGGCCUAUAUCUCUCUCUACUCCUAUUUUAGUAGCCGCGGCCGCUUCGGCGUGGUCGCUAAUAACAGCAGGCACGUCAAGGACCUCUACCUGAUCCCGCUCAGCGCCGAGGACCCUGUCCCACCCAAGCUCUUGCCAUUUGAGGGACCAGGUCUUGAGUCACCUCGUCCUAACAUCAUCCUUGGGUUAGUAAUCUGUCAAAAAAUAAAACGGCCUUCAAAUGCUGGAGAAUUCGACAAGUCAGAGGAGAAGCGGGCCCGACUGCAGACCCAGGAAGAAAUGGAUGUUUCGGUCUACCCCAGAGCGCCCCCAGCCUCGCAGUCCGAGAAGAAGCCCCCCAAGUAUCAGCUCUCCUCUGGGGACUCAGCUGUCGGCACCACACCCCCGGGGUCGCCCCCGCCCCCGCCCCCUCUGCCAGAACCACCUGCCGCACCAGCUUCAUCGUCGUCGGUGUUAAAAAUGCUGUCGUCCCUCAAGCCAGGAGUCACGAGCACCGCCGAGGCGGCCACUGCAUCAGCCACAGUCACAGCAGCUGCUGCUUCUGCUUUGAAAACAGCUUCGCCCCUGGAGCACAUCCUGCAGACGCUGUUUGGGAAGAAAAAGUCAUUUGACCCUCCUGCCAAGGAGCCUGUGGAAUCUGCCCCAGCCGCCCAGCAAGACACCAAGGCCAAGGCUGACUGCGGGCUGCCGGCCGCACCGCUGCUGGAUCCCAUUGUCCAGCAGUUUGGUCAGCUUUCAAAAGAGAAGACUCUGGAGGAGGAGGAAGAUGACAGGCCCUACGACCCUGAGGAAGAGUACGGUCCCGACAGGGCCUUCGACACUCAGCUCAGCGACCGGGGAAAACGGCCCGACAGCGAGAAGGCCUCUGAGACCACCGAACGCGAGGAGGUGGCGUACGACCCAGAGGAUGAGACGAUUUUAGAAGAAGCCAAAGUGACCGUGGACGACCUGCCCAACAGGAUGUGUGCAGAUGUCAAAGGCGCUUCCACGGAGAGGCCGGCCGUGUACGCUGCCGACAUCUCUACCCCGUCUUUGGUCGAGCAGCAGAAGAUGAUAGAAGAACUCAACAAGCAGAUUGAGGAGCAGAAGCGGCAAGUGCAGGAGCAGGAGGAGGCGCUCCGGCUGCAGAGGGCCGCUGUCGGGGCCUCCAUGGCGCACUUCUCCGUGUCUGAUGCGCUGAUGUCGCCGCCCCCAAAGUCAGCACCGCCCAAGGCGGAGCUGUUCCAGCAUGAGCAGCCAGCGGCAGGCCGGGCAGUGGCACCCCCCGCCGGUCAGGGUCCAGGCCUAGCCUCGGACCCAAGACAGAGCCAGAGCCGGGACCCUCGGCAGGCGCGGCGAUUAGCCGAGAGCAGCGAGAGCGAGGCCUCCAAGGCCCCAGCCAACUGCACGCCCAGCGCCCCGCCCGGAGGGACCACUGCCGCUCAGGGGCCAGCGCCAGCCCCGGAGGAAAAGGAGUCGUGGGCUCCCCGUGACGAUGCCACGGUGCCAGCCCAGCAGGAUAGCCCCGCAGGUGAGCCCUCAGAGAGUCCAGCCCAGCCGCCCCCUGAGAGCGGCCCUCCCACGGCCAGACCUGCCCGGAAGGUGCUGCUGCCCACGCCCACGGGCACUGCCUUCCCGUCCACCUUCCCUUUGCAGAACACCGGCCAGAAUUUCAAUUCUGCAGGGAGGGAGCACUUCUCAGCUCCAGCGUUUACAUCUCAGGAGAAAUCCUUUGGUUCGUCCCAGUAUGAGGACCCUAGAAAUGCUCUGUUUGCUGAAAAAAGUGACCGUUCGGCAGCUGAAAGUGAAGGAGACAGAGCCCCCCAGUCCAGACCUGGUGAGGGGUCCGCUCCGUUCCCAGCACCUGGACAGAAAGGGGCCCCUCUGCCCCAGUUUCAGGGCCAGCGUGAACCUGCACCACGCACCUUCGGGAUGUCGGGGCUUCAUGGCCCCAAUUUCCCAGGACCAAGGGGUCCAGUCCCUCCAUUUCCGGAAGAGAAUGUCUCCAACAAUGAGGGGCCAAGGGGGCCCCCACCGGCCAGGUUCGUCGCCCAGAAGGGGCCCAUUCCUUCCUUAUUCUCGGGGCCACACGGACCACCUCCCUAUGGGGACAGCAGGGGCCCCUCACCCUCUCACCCUGGUGGGCCCAGAGGAACAGCACCUCCCCAAUUUGAAGAACGCAAGGAUCCACACGGAGAAAAAAGGGAGUUCCAGGACGCCUCGUACAACGAGAUGGCAGGUCCUCCUGCUCAGUUCGAAGGACCAGAACAAGCCCAGUUCAUGGGGAGCAGGGGCGUGGCACCUUUCCAGUUUGGGGGCCCAAGGAGGCCUCUGCUCUCUCAGUUUAAAGGGCCCCGAGGAGGGCCUCCUCCUGCUCAGUUUGGGGGUCAGAGAGGACCACCCCCAGGCCAUUUUGUGGGCCCAAGGGGGCCACAUCCUAAUCAGUUUGAAGGACCCAGAGGCCAAGCACCCAAUUUCAUGCAGGGACCCAGGGGGAUGCAGCCUCAGCAGUUUGAAGAGCAAAGGGUGAAUUCGCCGCCGAGAUUUGCAAAUCAAAGGGCGCCAGCACCCCUGCAGUUUGGUGGACCGAGGGGGUCUUCUGCGCCUUUUCCUGAAAAGAGCGAACCUGCGCCUUCCCGCUUCCACUUCCAGGGCCAGCCCGCCAUGAAGCCCGGGCCCCGGCCGCUGCUGGAGCUGCCCAGCCACCCGCCGCAGCUCCGCAAGGAGCGCUGGGACGAGGCCGGCCCGCCCGCGGGGGCGCCCGGCCCGGGCCCCGAGCCCGACUUCCGCGAGGGCAAAGGCCUCGAGUACCGGAGCCAGGCCCCGGAGGCGCGGCCGCGGGAGCGCUUUGACGCGGGGCCCAAAGAGAAGCCGGAGGAGCCCGACGCGCAGCCCGAGGGCCGGCAGGGCCGCGCCUUCGACGAGCGGCGGCGGGAGCGCGAGCGCGGCCGGAACUGGGGCCGCGAGCGGGACUGGGAGCGGGGCCGCGAGUGGGACCGGCACCGCGAGAAGGACUCCUGCCGCGAGUGGGACAAGGGCAAAGAGCGGGGCGCGGCCAGGGACCGCGAGCGGGAGCGCAGCAGGAACCGGGAGCGCGACCGGAGGCGCGAGCGCGAGCGGUCUCGGAGCCGAGACCGAGACCGCGACCGCGACAAGGCGCGCGAGCGCGAGCGGGGCCGGGACCGCAAGGACCGCAGCAAAAGCAAGGAGAGCGCGCGGGACCCGAAGGCCGAGGCCCCGCGGGCCGCCGAGCCCGCCGCGCAGACCUAGCGGCCGGCCGGGCGACCGUCCUUUUCAAAAGCCAAGUUCAUUAAAUGUGUCGAACAAAUAGUUUUUCAAAUAGCUAUGAACUUAGAUGCAGAAUAGAAUAUUCUGGACUUCAGAUAUUACUGUAAUUUUGUGUAUAAUGGUUUCUUACAAAAUUCCACAUCUUUACAAUUCUGAUGCUUUUUUUAAAAAAAAAACAAAAACUAAGAACUCUUAAUAUUUCCAUUUAAUAUUACUGAAAUGGGAAAAUGUCUACAAAAGCAUAUUGCUUUUUUUCAGAUUAUAAAGUUAUCUUUUCCAAUAACUUGACUAUGGUAAAUUUUAAGGGAAUUUCAGUGGACCUUAGAGCCAUACCUUUGCUGACAUCUCAUCUGUAUUUCUAGGCUUCCAAAAGCUGUUUUUGCAGGUUAACAGGCUCUCCCAAAAGCUGUGGGGUGCUGCUGCGUGUGUGUGGUGUGGUGAAGUUAGGGGCAUGUGGGGGCAGUAUCAGCUGUCUCUGGAAUGCUGCUGAGAAAGAAAGCUUACCAAUGCGUUUUCCUUUUGUCAUAAAGAAAUUCGAGUUACAAAUUUCAACCGGAAAACAAUACAUUUCUUAGUUUUGCUCAGUUUUUAUAUAUCACCUGACACAUUUUUUUUGACAACAUGAUCAAAAGCAACAUGAGUAGAAACUGUUACAUCUUGAAUAACAAUUUAUUGAAAAAGAUUUAAAUUUUACCAGCCUAAAAAAAGUGAGAAAAUAAAACCAAUUAAGUGUACUUUAGGGGGGACGGGUUUCUUCGAUUUGAAUAAUCAGGAACAUUUUGUUUGUUGAACUUCACCGUCUGAGCAGUUCUUCCUGCAUCCCAGGCAAAGUGCACUAGCUCUGAACUGUUAGAUUUGUGAGGUGAUACAUUUUAAAGUUUGUCUUUGAAAAUGGAACAAUAUUUGUAUAAAGCCUGAGAUGGCAAAUAGUGAUAUUCGUUCAAGAACUACAAACUAGAAAGCUUUCGCUGUGAAAGACAGUGUACUGCUCUCGUCUUGUAUUUUUCGAGUUCUUCUGAAGUGUGAAAGAGAGAAAGCCUUGCUAAUUUAUUUGACUGUACAAAUACACUUUGAUAAUUUUUUUAUAUUUUCAUAAACUUACUUUUGCAAAUGUAAAAAUUAGAGUUUCAUUUGUUCUUUGGGGUCUGUUAUUCCCUUGUACGUCACUACAGAUUUUUCACUUUCUAGCACAAAUGUUUAAAUUUGAAAGCAUCGAGAACUCAGCAGUUGGGAUAAUUGGUAUAAUUAACCAAGUGUGGUCGGCUAAAUUCCAUUCAAGUGGUGUCAAGUUCCAACGUCUAAUACGAUGUGAAGGUUUUUUUACAUGUAAAACAAAUUUUUCUAAUUUAAAUAUACAAGUGUAAAAAUCAAGUGUGUUUCUUUAGGUUUACUUGAUAGAAAUUUCUGUAAAUUGUAUUUUAUAUUGCAAAGUAUUAUAUCACUGUACAUUAAAACAUGGAACUUCAUAGGUUUUGUUACUUAAAGUAGAAUAAACAUCUACAACAGGU